AUGCUCUCCAUCCCAACGCCAAUCGACUCUCACGCAUCAUUUAGCAUCACCAUCUUUAUCCUAGUUCCUCUUCCAUUCAUCAAAAUUGAUUCGACCUCUGCUCUAAACUCAGCCAUCCAGACAAUAAUUGCCACGUCCACCAAACUACCCAUCCCGACGCUUGAACAGCUCCGUCUUCCUCCAUCCCAUCUGUCGUACAACUCCCGCUUUCGGCCUCUGACAGAGUCGUAUGCCGCACCAGCUGAACCCUCUUCCGAGACAUCUACACCUCGUGCGACCACAAAAUCAUUCUUCCCAACAAUCCUCUCCGCCCCAACCAUCGCGGCUUUCCAUAUCUUCAGCCACAUCCUCCACUCAUUGUCUGCCUCGUCAUCCUCGUCGUCAGCACCACUACAGCCCAGAAAGCCAUGUGAACCUGUAGCUCCCUCCACUAUCACCACGCCCUGCCAUAUCCCCGAUCCCUCGCAUACGCCGUCCACCGCACAUUCUGCGCCGUCAACGCCGCCGUGUCACUCAAUGGAUGUCUGUCUCCCGGGAAGAUACAAGAUCCAGUGGGACCAUAUCGGAGCUACCAAUGGAUCAAAAAGCAUCGGGCCGUCCAGAAUCUGGGGAAGCACCAUUAUGACACAUCGGACCGGGUCGGAGGAUAUCCGUCAAUCUAAUGGUAAUACUGGUGGUGAGACAUCAUGUUGGGCAUGUCCAUCCGAGCGUAAUGAGGACAUCCAGAAGCUCACUCAGCGGGCGAUCUGGGUCACCAGGAGUGCGCCACAGAGAUUUGACAGCGCCUCUCAAUACCUCGAUCUGUCCUUUUCAAGCGUACUUCCUAAUACAGAUUGCGAUCAUCAACAGCCAACCUCAUUGUGGUGCCCUGUGAGACUCGGUCCCCCCGCCUUCUCAGCAACGCCGGCUCAGAGAAUGCGCUCUGUCCUCCAAACGCCUCACUCACCCUUCUAA